AUGACGUAUGUCACUUAUCAUUUGGUGAGGUUUGUAUGUACACUUCCCUAGUUAGGAGGAAGUAGAUAUAUGUGUAUGUAUGAACUCAACAUGAACCUUGUUAAUCGAGUAAAAACAACUUUUGGUCUAUUACAUUACAUUAUAUAUAUAGCUCCUUCCUCUGAAUAGCCCUCAUACGUUUUUCCGGUGUUUUUUACACUCCCUUUACAUACAACGUGCUCGUUCGUGCAAGUCCUGAAAAUGCCAUAAUAUGCACCGAGAAGGUACCGUACCUGUGUGUAUUUACCAUCCCGAUUUCAGAGAGUUGGCCUUCUCGACUUUUCGGGCUUUUUGGGCCGGGCUUUGGGUGGAAAGUGGAGGAUGGAAACUGAGGUUCCGAACAGCCUGAAGCGACUCAGUCAGGUCGAGAGUGUGGAAAGCGUGAGUAAUCCGCAUAAUUGGGUGGUUGCAUUACGAAUUUGGAGGGCACCAAAGAUCACGUUUGAUUUAUUAUGCUGUCAUAUUGAGCGUCUGAAUUAUUGAGCGCAAUGUCGCAUCGAAAAUCGGAUCGCCGAGAAAAUAAAUUGCGUCGAAAAAAGCAAAUUGCUUUCACUUUAGCGACAAGAUUGGCAAAGCGAAAUUGUGCUCAUUAUUUUCCCGACAGACUUAUAAAUACAUAUGUUGGACACUUUUUGGUACUUUUGAAUAGCGUUGGUCGCUUUUUGAUAUUUUUGGAUAUUUUUUGAAACUUUUGGAUACCUUUUGAUACUUUUGGAUACAUUUGUUAAAAACAGUUUAAAAAUUGAUUUGCAGGUUUUUUUCGUAUGAUUAGAAGGCUAGGUGAUUUCUUAAAUAUUUUGCCUUGCAAUUUGCCUUGAAAUUAAAAAAAAUCCUCAAAAGUGAUCGUUUUGUAUGGCUUAUUUUUGGGGUACCUAUCGUCUUGUAAAGGUUAUUUUUAGGCUACCCUAGGCUUCGAUUUUCUUUUAAUUUUGCACAGCCGUUUCUCCUUGAGCACUUAUGAAUCCCUAAAAUUUUUAGCCUCCAACUUACGGGCGCUGCCGAGAUAUCGAACGAUCUUUACCACCGAAAGAGUACGCGAAACGCGGAGAGCGGCCAAAGAAAGGCAAAAAAACACUUUUUUGCUAUAUCUCUGCCAGUUUUAUGCCAAAAAAUUACUUUUUUGCGGAAUCAUUGCCCUCUACAGUAAAAAAUAGCUAUAAAGUUUUUCAUGCCAAAAAAUCGCAAAAAAAUUUUUCUAAAUUUCUUACCAAAAAUCUCGGUCGUUUCCUCAAAUCGUCAACAACAACAAUGACUGGCCAUUUUUUACAGGAAGGAGGCAGUAUCUACACCCCGACCGUCUCCAUCCAAGAGCCAUCCGAGAGCACCAAAUUCAUCGGCAAGACGAGCCAGAAUUUUCAGCUCUGCUCGUACGAAGAGUUGCCGGAAUGGCUGAAAGACAAUGAAUACCUGCUUCAUAAUCAUCGACCUCCUCUAUAUUGCAUGACAAAAUGUUUGCGGAGUGUGGGAUGCUUCCACACCGAGACGAUGAAUAUUUGGUCGCAUUUAGUUGGUGAGUGAAAUUUUGCUUGAGAUUUUUAAUACUUUUGGAUACUUUUUGAUACUUUUGGACACUUUCUGGUACUGUUGGACACUUUUUGCUACUUUUUGACGGUUUUGGAUACGUUUGGAUACUUUUUGCUACAUUUGGAUACUUUUUGAUACCUUUUGACACUUUUGGAUACCUUUGGAUACUUUUCGAGGUUUUUGCUAAAAACAGUCUAAAAAUUGAUUUUUUCAAUUUUUUACCCAAAAAUUAAAAAAUUUUUUUAAACUGUUACAAUUUUCUAAAUUGUUUCUCCAUUUUUUUACAUUUUUACCAAAUUUUCAGGUGCUUUAAUGUUCAUAACGGCAAUGUUUGUCUUCCUCGGUGCACCAAUCACUCAAUCUUUCGAGAAUCAGCUGAUCUUUAUGAUAUUUUUUGUGGGUAUAAUCACUUGUCUCCUGUUUUCGACCGUUUUCCAUGCCGUCCACUGUCAUUCCGAGCGGAUUUUUCGGACCGUUAUUAAGUAAGUUGAUGAAAUACAUUUUUUUUAUUUUUUUUUAUUUAAAAAAAAAAUUUUUUUCGGAUUUUAAAAAAAGUUAUUUUUUAAAUAUUUUUUUUAAUUAAAAAGAUUUUUUCCGAUUUUUCGAAUUUAAUAAAAAAUUUUUUUUUUUAUAUUUUUUCUUAUUUUUCCAAAUUUUUAACUGCAUAUUUCCGCCUAUUUUUCCAAAAAAUCCCAUUUUUAAAUUUCAUAUUUCAGACUUGAUUACUGCGGCGUAAUCCUUUCAAUGUGCAGCUCGUUCAUUCCCUGGACCUAUUACGCGUUUUAUUGUCAACGAACCUACAUGUGGAUCUAUAUUGUACAAAUUGGUGUUUUGAGUAUGGGCGCUUUCAUUGUGUCGUUUUUGGAUCGAUUUGCGGCGCCGAAGUACCGGCCGUUGCGGGCGCUCGUCUUCUCGGGACUCGGGCUGAGCAGUAAGUUGAGGGGUAUUUGAAAAGUCAAAAAAAUAUUUGAAGACUAGCCUAAAAAUAAUCAUUUUUUAUUGAGGAAGACUGGCGAAUAUUUACGUAUAGUGAAACCUCUGUAUAACGACUUCAAGGCCAAAAAUCAAAAAAUUGUCUUUUAUAAAAGGGUUAAGUUGUACGGGGGUUCAUUUUGCUCUUAAAUUGAAUUUUAGGAUAAUUGAAAAUGUUCGUUAUAGUGAGUUUUCGUUGUAUGGAGGUUUGUUAUAGAGAGGUUCCAUCUUGUCAAGGCCUGUAAAUUUUAGCUUACGCUUCGAAUAUCUUGGCGAGGGCAGUCAAGAUUUUCAACCAUCUUUUCCGGCGAAAGAGUCCGCGAAAUGCGGAGAGCGGUUAGAGAAAAAAAGGACUUUUUGACUAUAUUUUUGUCAGGGACAGAUAUGCCAUUUUUGCAGGGAAAAAAUAAUUUUUUUAAUAGAAAUAUUGUGCUAUCCUUGGUAUAAAUAAUGCAGUAACUUUUUACAAGUAGUUCUCCUCUUUCAUACGCCUAUAAUCCUGGAAAAAAAUCAUGUUUCACACUUUUUCUCCUCUAAAAUCCCCUCUUUCCAGUCAUCAUCCCGCUCCUCCACGUGAUCUACCAAAGCGGCUUGGACUACGCGUUCCAAUACGCCGGCCUUUUCUGGCUCCUCGCCAACCUCUUCUUCAGCGGGACUGGCCUCAUUUUCUACUGUCUGCAGCUGCCGGAGCGAUGGAAGCCCGGCUAUUUCGACAUAUUUGGGCACUCCCAUCAGAUCAUGCACAUUCUGACCGUCUGCGGAGCCGGCUCCUUCCUGUACGGGCUGUACGAGAUGUGGCAGCGGACGCAGAAUGGGACUGUUUGUUUGCCCGACCCGGAAAGUAUAUAG